AUUAUAAACAGCCCAGAAAUGUUCCGAGAGAGAUGAUCUGUAGAGGUGUGAGGGCUGGGGUCAAAGUCUUGAAUCGUUGUUACUGCACCAAAAAUACUCCAGCGAUGAGGUUGUUACAAUUUAUGCGUGGUGACAAAUCCUCCGUUGGGGUGGAGACCGCUCCUGGUGGCGACAUUGUCGACCUGUCACAGGUAAAACCACCCUUGCCUACCGACAUGAGAAGCUUUAUUGAAGGCGGACAAGCGAGCAUUCAGGCAGCCAAAAGUGCUGUAGACAGUGGUCAGUACAAAGUGCCAAGGUCAGAGGUCAAGGUCAUUGCCCCGAUCUACAACCCCGACAAAGUGUUAUGUAUCGGGAUGAAUUAUAAAGAUCAUUGUGAGGAGCAGGGUGCACCAGUACCUGAGGUGCCAGUCAUCUUCAACAAAUUCCCGAGUUGUAUCAUCGGUCCAACAGACGACUUACACUUCCCUGAGGAGACACAGAAACUAGAUUGGGAGGUUGAACUGACCAUUGUCAUCGGAAAGGAGGCAAAGAGAGUUCCUGAGUCUGAAGGCAUGGACUACAUAUAUGGAUAUACAGUGGCUCACGAUGUCAGCGCUCGGGACUGGCAGCUAGAGGCAGGAUGCAAUGGUGGUCAGUGGGUUAUCGGGAAGGCAAUGGAUGACUUUUGUCCCCUCGGACCAGUCAUUGUGACAAAAGAGGCCAUCAAAGAUCCUCACAACCUGGCCCUGAGAUGUUUGGUCAAUGGUGUGGUCAAACAGGAUAGUAAUACAAACCAGCUUGUCCAUAGAUCUGCUGCAAUGGUGUCCUUUAUUUCAAGGUUCAUGACCUUAAAACCAGGAGACCUCAUCCUGACUGGGACGCCCCCUGGUGUUGGAGUAUUUAGAAAGCCACCAGAAUUUCUUAAGAGAGGUGAUGUUGUAGAAUGUGAAAUUGAGGGAAUUGGAAGUGUCAUCAACAAGGUUGUUUAGCUGAUGUAGGAACUGUAUAGCCAACAUCAUCAACUCUUCCCCAGCAUGAUGGCUCCAUCAGGAAAUCCUUCAUACUUGUUAUUAUUUUGAUGUGAUACUCUGAUUAUUUUAUGUAGUAUGGUGAUUAUUCCAGUAUAUUUUGAUAACUUCUUGAUGUCAGCUUUUAUUUCAUACAUACAUGUACAAUAUACGAUUAUCACUGUAUGGUAAAUUAAAGCUGUUAUUUAUGUAUGUAAGGGUUAAAUUGUCUUUCUGGUGGUUUUAUCAAAAGAUAAAGCUUUGCAGUCCAUUCCCUUGUAAGACACUUGCGUUGGUUAUUAAUGAACUGUACAUGGUACAUUGUAUAUUAGCAUAUAAUCUGAAUUAAUAGGCUGAACUCUUAACGGAUUUCUUUUUCUGAUAUCUGCAGUCCAAAAAAUUGUAUAGCUUGAAAGCCACAUGAAAGCAUACUGAACUCUUUAAUAUUUUCAACAUGAAGUACUGUAGCUUGUAGCUAGCAUCUUAACAUUGGUGGUUUCCUGAUGGCUUUCAUAUAUUUAAAGUAUUAAAAGCAUUUUAAAUUUUGAUGGUCAUUUCGUUACAAGUGGCUGUGAGUACUUUCCUGUUUAGAACAAUAUAAAUCAAAUAUUUAGGAAAUGAUUUGUUAAUUAUACAACACAACAAUGGAGGGGGUUUCUAAAUUUAUCAAACUUACAUCAUGGUUGAGAAAGAGUUGAUGUCAUUUAAUCCACUGUCAGACUGAUAAUGCAUUUACAAUGUUGAAUGAUAGAGAUAUUAUUACAUAUCCAAGAUGCAAUAUUUUUACAUAAUAUCCAAGAUUUAAAUUUAUUUUAUUUUAAUCAUAAACUAAUCAUUAAUGAUCCAUAAAAUCACUGGUUAUGAUAUUCUAUAUAUGUUUAUUGUUAUAAAAUUAGUUAUGUACAUGUAUGUGAAUGUCUGUAUAUUUGCAGUACAUAUUUUUGUGUGGAUGUAAAUUUAAAGUAAAGGAUGAAGAAUUUGAAUCAUGUUAUGAGUUUACAUAGAUAUAGAUUGUAAUUUCCGUAUGUUUGAGGUAUGGGUGUAAAGUAGAGAAUGGAAAUUUGAAACUUUUUAUGAGUUUACAUGCAUAGAUUGUAAUUUCUGAAGAGACUUACUGAUGUAAGCAGAUACUUGUAUAUCAGAUAUACACGUCUCUGAUGUAAGUAACUUGCUCUUGUUUUGAAUCCUGUAUUUUAAUUGAUGCAUUGAAUGACCACUGCCAUAAUUUGAUGUCAAUUAGAUCAAGCUUCAACCAGAAUUGAAAUUUUCAGUUUAUGAAUAAAUGAAUUGUUAAUA